AUGUCCAAGAUAAUGGAUUCGGACUCUGAAUCGUAUGAGAAAACAGGCGGAAAGCCCUCAAAGGACAUCCUUGAGCCCGCCGAUCUCUUUUUGUCAGGUCAAUCUGUCAUCUCUAAUGCUGCAACUUCAACUCCACUUUACCAAUUAAACAGUGACAUUCAGUCAAUCUCGAACAAGGACUCAUCCGUGGCAUUCGAAAGAGUCGAGCACGAUGUACCCGGGUCCGAGAUUGAGAUCAAGGGUGCCACUGCUGGCACACCGCAAAAGCACCAUUUGUUUUACCUCGCACACCCCGUGAAUGCACGAUACCGGACAGACAUAGCUGCGAGGUAUUACAUCACUUCUGCGGUGCCCGAGAUGGUGGGCAAUAUUCGCCUCGAGAUUUCUGAGACACGGUUCCAAAAGACGUCCUUCAAGGCUAUGCUGAGCCCGAAAAGAACCGCCUCGGAUAGCCCAUUAUUCGACGAGGGCACCCAACGACUGUUGUUUGAUAUCCAACCAAGUCGAAAGGUUGGUCGCAAUUGUUACAGGUGGAGUGACUCCGAUGGUCGACAGGUUGCUGUUGAAGAAAAGGGGGAUGACAGAUAUGGAUUAUCCAUCACGACAAGUAUGUCGCAGGAGUUGAGGGAUGCAUUGGUUGCUACAUGGCUGCUGAGGCUGUGGCACGAUACGGCCGAGAGUAAGCAAGCUAAAAGGGAAUUCUUCGAAAGCAUGGCAUCACCAGAAGCGUACAAAGAAAGUAUGGAUCCAUAUAUGCCGAGGCAGUGCAUCAUGAUGUGA